AUGGUUAAGGAAGAACAUUACCAGCCCAUUGAGAUCUUCAAAGACAAGCUUUUAAAGAUUGGUAAGGUAUGCACUAAAGAAGAACAACAAGCUUUUGUUUCACUAUGUCAUGAGUUUAAUGAUAUUUUUGCUUGGGAGUAUGGUGAUUUGAAGGGAUUUGAUCCUAUUUUAGCUGAGCACAUAAUUGAUUUGGAGCCCAAUUCAAAACUAGUGAGACAAAGGCAAAGGCCUUUGAAUCCAAAGAUGGAACAUUUAAUGAAGGUAGAGAUUAACAAGUUGAUCCAAGGAAAACAAAGAUUGGCAGCCCUUCCAUUGCAACCAAUUAAAGUGGAGCAGCCCUUCAUGAAGUGGGGUUUUGACUUUACAGGUCCCAUAAACCCACCUUCAAGUGCUAUUCAUAGGUGGAUCUUAAUAGCAACUGAUUAUUUUACAAAGUGGAUAGAGGGUGCAACAUUGAAAGAAGCAAAUGAGACAGUUGUCCUAAGUUUCUACCAAGAUUUGGUUGCAAGUUUUGAUGUUCCAAAAUCAGUAAUUUAUGAUAAUGCAUUGGAUUUUAUUGGUCUGAAAGUAACUAACUGGGCUCUUGAGAAUGAAAUCUAUUUGAAUACAUCUUCUAAUUAUUACCCACAAGGCAACUCUCCAUAUGUUUUAGUUUAUGGAAAUGAAGCAAGGCUUCCAAUUUUAGUGGACUUUCCAACUUUAAGCCUAAUUCAAGAGCUGGAAAUGAUGGAGGAGGAACCCAUGCAUAUUAUAUAUGUUGAGCUCUUGGAGCUGAAAGAGAAAAGAAAAAGAGCUCUCAUAAACCUUGAGAAUCAUCAUGUACAAAUGAAGAGGAAUUUUGAUAAGAAGGUUGUUCCAAGAGUUUUUAGAGAAGGUGAAUUGGUUUUCAAGUGGAAUAAGUUGAAGAGCAUACUUGGAUAG